AUGUCGAUCGGUGUCACGCUCCGUCUCUCCUCGGCCAACUCCCUCAGCGCCACCGCCCCACUAGUAUCCCUUGACGCAUCCAGUUUCAGUGCUGCAACACCGCUUUCCAGCCGCACCUCCUCAAUUGCCAGCCCCAGCCGCUUGAAAAAGCCACACGCAAUCCGGAAGUCCUCCGGCGACACAAGCUCCGUGCUCGCGCGAUUCCGCAUCACCAGGCAGUACGCAUCCGUCAGGGUCAUGAUGCCCCCCAGGUUUAGGAUAGGUUUCCGUAGAAAGCCCGCCAGUUGUCGCGCGAGCUGCUCGCGGUACGUCCUCACGUUCCCUCCUGUGCUCUCCUUCGUCACGGGUGAUUCGAUUCCCAUUUCUGCCAUCAUGCUCAGCAACUCAUUCUCUUCUUCACCCCGCUGGGCCUUGGCAUUAGCCGUGCGAAAGUGCCUCGCCACCUCCAUCAAAUCGGCCGCCUCAUUGCGCAGAUGGUCGAGGCUUCCAAAGCCCGAACUGAUCACGCGCUCCUGGUCCCUGUUGUGCUUGACGACCUUGUCUUGCACGCCGACCACGCCCAGGCGUCUCGAUACGUACUGGCCCUGCUGGAUCUUCUUCGCCUCUUCGCGUUGCUUAUCCCUUGCAAUACGUACCCAUUCUGCGUUUCGCACGGCGUUUCGCACGCCCUGCGUAAACGCUUCCAAGUCGCGGGCGCGCGAGCGGUUGAGGAAGAGAAUUUGCACGCCGAGACCGAAGCGGAGCGUCGCGCGCGUGGUCGAAAAGACGGAGGCCUUGGUUUCUACGGCGUUGGACGGGAGAUGCUGGAGAUGCGCGGCGACGGCGGAGCGGCGCGCUCUGUCAACCCACACAACGCGGUGCGUGGUGACGGUUAUCAGGCCGGCGGUGAAGGUGGUGGGGCGCUUGUCGUGGGUGAGGAUAGAGACGUUUUCGAGAGAGAGGUGCUCAAUUUCGCCGGGGGAGGUGACCAACGUGCCCGUAUCUGAUAGCUGA